CCUUUCUGUCGUUUUCAAUUUUCACUUUCAGUUUGUCGAGAACGUUUGAACUCAGAGCAGCGCCCAAAAGAGUUGAGCGCUUUCAGCCAGCGGGACGCAGUUUGGGCCAAGCUUUUUGGCCAUCGUGCGUGCAGCAGGCUAACAGAAAAUUGUAAAUUCAAAUUUGGCCAAAAGCGAGCUAAAGUUAAGCAAAAAGUAAAAAGAAAAGCCAAAAAGCUGAUGAGAAAAUGUACACGGAGUGUCUGAAAUAGUGCGGAGAAAAAUGUGCGGCUAGCGGAUCGGAGGAGAAGGAGAAAGAGCAAGGAGGUGGCGGAAUCUAGUUGCUGCACAUGAACACAACCGAAGCAUAGACACACACAGGAAACUUUUCAUAUCCCCGCAGUGAACAAUAAAAGCAAAAGUGGCAGCAGCACCAAACAAAAAUGACAGCAAUAAGUUUAAGCAAUAAAACACAGCUUGCCGGGCACUGCGAAAAUGCAGCCUGAAGACAAGAAACUAAAGCAGCGGGCUAAAGCUUUAAAAUAGGAGUUAAUCGACAUAGCUCCAACCUACCCCAAUCCCAGAAACCGAAAAAGAAAUCCCCUUUAAUCCCCGAAAUCAACUGCCAAAUCAUAUAUAGAAAAUAUUAAUUUAAAAGAAGAUUAUAAAGAGAAGCUGCUGAAAGGGAGCCAGACCGGAGAAGGGAGGAGAAUCACUAGAGUUAACCGGGACACUGAAACAUUCCACCCCAUAGCAUGGCCUCGGUCGCCGCUUGGCUGCCCUUCGCCCGGGCGGCGGCCAUCGGGUGGGUGCCGAUAGCCACCCACCCACUGCCACCGCCGCCAAUGCCCAAGGAUCGCCGCAAGACGGACGACGAGAAGCUCCUCAUCAACGUCUCCGGCCGCCGCUUCGAAACGUGGCGAAAUACCCUGGAGAAAUAUCCAGAUACUCUUUUAGGUUCCAAUGAAAGGGAGUUCUUCUAUGAUGAGGACUGCAAAGAGUACUUCUUUGAUCGGGACCCGGACAUCUUCCGGCACAUAUUGAACUAUUACCGGACGGGAAAGCUUCACUAUCCCAAGCACGAAUGCCUCACCAGCUACGACGAGGAGUUGGCCUUCUUCGGCAUCAUGCCGGACGUGAUCGGGGAUUGUUGCUACGAGGACUACAGGGACCGGAAGCGGGAAAACGCCGAGCGGCUGAUGGAUGACAAGCUGUCGGAGAACGGGGAUCAGAAUCUGCAGCAGCUAACCAAUAUCCGGCAGAAGAUGUGGCGGGCGUUCGAGAAUCCGCACACGUCCACAAGUGCUUUGGUGUUCUACUACGUGACGGGCUUCUUUAUCGCUGUCUCUGUGAUGGCCAACGUGGUGGAAACGGUGCCAUGCGGCCAUCGUCCUGGCAGGGCGGGUACCCUGCCCUGCGGUGAGCGCUACAAGAUCGUCUUCUUCUGCCUGGACACCGCCUGUGUGAUGAUCUUCACGGCGGAGUAUCUGCUCCGUCUGUUCGCCGCCCCCGAUCGCUGCAAGUUUGUGCGCUCGGUGAUGAGUAUCAUCGAUGUGGUGGCCAUCAUGCCCUACUACAUCGGCCUGGGCAUCACCGACAAUGACGACGUCAGUGGCGCCUUCGUCACGCUUCGCGUGUUCCGUGUGUUCCGCAUCUUUAAGUUCUCCCGCCACUCGCAGGGACUGCGGAUCCUCGGCUACACGCUCAAGUCCUGCGCCAGUGAGCUGGGCUUCCUGGUCUUCUCGCUGGCCAUGGCCAUCAUCAUAUUUGCCACCGUCAUGUUCUACGCCGAGAAGAACGUCAACGGCACCAACUUCACAUCGAUUCCGGCGGCCUUUUGGUACACCAUUGUCACCAUGACCACGUUGGGCUACGGCGACAUGGUGCCAGAGACAAUAGCUGGCAAAAUUGUGGGCGGCGUCUGCUCGCUCAGCGGUGUGCUGGUCAUCGCCUUACCUGUACCUGUUAUCGUAUCGAACUUUAGUAGAAUCUAUCACCAGAACCAGCGGGCAGACAAGCGCAAGGCGCAGCGGAAAGCUCGCUUGGCGCGCAUCCGGAUUGCCAAGGCCUCGUCCGGAGCCGCUUUUGUCAGCAAGAAGAAGGCCGCCGAGGCCCGGUGGGCUGCCCAGGAGUCCGGCAUCGAGCUGGAUGACAACUAUCGGGACGAGGACAUUUUCGAGCUGCAGCACCACCACUUGCUGCGAUGUCUGGAGAAGACAACGAUGUAGCAACAUUUGAACAUCUCAGAUAUAGUAAGAUAUUGUAAGGUUUGCCACAAGCUCAUUAGGCAAGCAAUGACAACCAUAACAACAACAUCAACAACAGCAACAACAAUAGCAACAGCAACCACACCAACAACAGCAGCGGCGACACCAAAAAAUAAAUCCAAAGCCAUGUCGAAGGAUAUAUUGUUAAGAGCUUUUAAUCUAUCGCGUCUUCUCAUUAUUCAAAAUCGCAAUCGAAAAAUGCAAAAGGCGUUUAGAAAACACCACAAAAAAAACUGAACUGAAAGGCAAAAAUAUUCAGCAUUUUUAGUAUGUGGAACUAUAUUUUGUUUACAAAUUUUUAUAAUUUUCAUUUCUCGGUUUUUGGGCGCUUUUUUUUCCGAUCUGUUUUCUGUACAUUAAUUGUAUCUUCUGUAUAUGUGUGUCGGAUUUGUUGUAUUACGUUCUAAGUUGUAUGUUCUAAGUUCACCAUUUGUGUCAUGUUUUUCACACGACCUGGUUAUCAUCUAGCUUUGGAAAUCGAGCAAAUAUAAAUACAUACAUAUAGCCAUAUGAA